UAUAUACUUUUGUUGUCAGAUUAAAAGUAAUUAAAUCUGUAAAAUGAUUUCUUGAAACAAUUGUAGGAUUUAUUUCAAUUGAUAAGAUGUUGUAUUUGAAGACAUUUUCAUUUAAGUUUAUAUUCAUAUUGUUAAAUUUAAGACAAACAAGUGGACAAUAUUAUGAUAGGGAAGGCAUAAGUAUUCAUCAACCACUUUGCGAUAUUCCUCAAACUCUUCAGGGAGAGUGGUUUUCACGUGAAUAUGGAGAGAAUGUGUUCACCACUAUUACCACCGAUUCGUUGUCAAACAGAGGACAAUGUCUUCAAAUGCAAAGUACUAAUUACGACAACUUUACACUUGUUCUCAGACAAGGGAAUUGUUAUCAUUGCGUCCGUAUUAUUAUAAGAACUCUUAAUGUUCUCGAAAAGAUUGAAACGGGUUGUGUUAACUUAAAUUACGGAGAGACACCUUCAAUACAAUCUGUUUGUAAACUUUUAGAUUUCAAUCAGGAAUAUAUCACCUUAUUUUCGACAAAUCCGUCGGGAAAGAACUGUCGAUCCAGUUUGGAAGGUGUCUGGAAAUUUGGUUAUCAAAAUAGAUAUAAAUUUACGGGAGAGUGUACACAUCCCGAAGCUAACAUCACUGCCUGUCAAAUACCCGGUACACAAUUUUUCAAUGUAAACCAACAGUUUAUAAUGAAUUACAGAAAAUGUUUGGGAAUGCAGGACACGGAGGACGCAGAAGUUCAGUUCAAGUGUUUAGGGGACUGGUAUGUCGGCAAAAAUCAUUACUUUGCUGUCGUCAACUCAAGAGAAUCCCGAAUUGAAGAAAAAUAUAGAUGUUUUUUGGCUAACAGAGAUGAUGAUGUUUUCUUAUCGGUUUCAAUAACCGCUGAAUGCAAUACAUUGCGGUCACCACAAGAGGGACCCGAAAGGUUGAGAUUGUUUCCAGUAAAGACAGAAGUAGUUCCGGCCAAAUGCACUCUACCGCAAAACUUUACGGGAGUUUGGGUUAAUACCGCCAACUUUGAUGCUGAGGUCACAAUUAAUUCAACUUAUAUGGUGGAGAAGUGGAGACCAGACACUGGAAGAAUCAAACAAGAAAUCUUUGUUUGUCAAGAAAGACGAGGCACGAGGUUUGUAAUGGCAAGACUUGGUAUUAAUGGAUGUCAAAAGGAUUUUGUAUGUUUUGAUUUUGUUCCGCGACAUCACAAUAUCAUACGUUACCGAAAAGGACAGCCAAUGAUUAUCGACACUUUCGCCACAGUCUGCGCGUGGAAUAUGUUUGAUGACGAAGAACAGUGGAAAUAUGAUCUACUUAUCACCAAAAAUCCAAUUUCGAUCAAAUGUCCGAUUGCCGGAAAGUUCCGAUUCGACCAAACGGGUGAUAUUCAGUUUGAAACCCGAAUCAGAGGAGGUGUCACUCAAAUGCCGAGACCUAACGUCUAUUGUAAAGAAAAUAUAUCCGAUUUUUCCGUUUGUGACGCCGACAAAAAAAUUAUUGAAAUCGAUGCCAAUUAUUGUAUAUCUGUUGACCAUUUCGGACGUCCCGUUGAUAUAUACAGUGAACCGGAUUAUCAAAUGCAAUGCAUUGGCUUUUGGAAAGAGAAUCUCAAAUCCUAUUUAAUAACAUACGAUCCGUUGGACGCCUACAGUAAAUACCGGUGUUGGGUAUAUCAAAGGGCUGACCUCAACAUCAUUCUUAUGUCAUUAUCUGUCGGUGCCUUUUGCCAUAUCAAACAAGAUGUAAGAAGUGGUCAUUCAGGAGAGGGCGCACAGAUUGCUCUCACUAUGUCUGAGUACGAAAGGGAACAUGACGACUGUCCCAUGUAUUUUGAUGACGGAUCCAACCCAUACAUCGAUAUCGUAGAUCAGGUGACAGUAUUGAGAGCUGUCAGUGAUGCCCAUCAAACAACUUAUUGCACAAAUGUCUCAAUUAUUUUAACCAUUUUAUAUGUCAUAAAUAAUCUCAUUUUUAAAGAUGUAUUGUAA